AUGCCUCCCAACAAUGUGACUGAAUUUAUUCUCUUGGGACUCACACAGAAUCCACACUUGCAGAAAAUAUUUGCCAUUGUCUUUUUGUUCAUUUUUCUAUUUACUGUGCUGGCCAAUCUACUCAUUGUCAUCACCGUCUUCCUCAGCCCCACACUUUCGGCUCCCAUGUACUUCUUUCUCACCUACUUGUCAUUCAUAGAUGCUUCCUACACCUCUGUCACCACCCCCAAAAUGAUCAUCGACCUGCUCUACCAGAGGAGAAGCAUCUCCUUGGGUGGCUGCCUGACUCAGCUCUUUGUGGAGCACUUCCUGGGAGGAUCAGAGAUCAUCCUCCUCAUUGUCAUGGCCUAUGACCGCUAUGUGGCAAUCUGCAAGCCCCUGCACUAUGUGACCAUUAUGCGACAGGGGCUCUGUCGCCUCCUGGUGGCCAUGGCCUGGAUUGGGGGGAUCCUCCAUGCCUCUCUGCAGAUUCUCUUCAUGAUCAAUUUGCCCUUCUGUGGCCCCAAUGUCAUUGACCACUUCAUGUGUGACCUCUUCCCACUGCUGAAGCUUGCCUGCACUGACACCUACAUGCUCGGAAUGGUGGUGGCUGCCAACAGUGGGGCCAUGUGCUUGCUCAUUUUGUCCAUGCUAUUCACCUCCUAUGCUGUCAUCCUGCACUCCCUGAAAUCCCAUGGCUCUGAAGGACAGCACAAAGCUCUCUCUACAUGUGGCUCCCACUUUACUGUAGUUGUACUCUUUUUUGUGCCCUGUAUAUUCACCUACAUGCGUCCAGUGGCCUGCUACUCAGUGGACAAGUUGGUGACUGUGUUUUUUGCAAUCCUCACCCCCAUGUUAAAUCCCAUCAUUUACACAGUGAGAAAUGCAGAGGUGAAAAAUUCCAUGAGGAAUUUGCUGAACAAGAGAGUAACCUAG